CAAGAAUAAUCCAACAAAAUUGAAAAGUGAGAAUCAAGGAGAGGAAAAAUGGUGAGGCCGAUAGGAGAGAGGGAUGACGGCAGCCGUUACAAGGGUGUACGGAUGAGGAAGUGGGGGAAAUGGGUGGCGGAAGUACGCCAACCCAACAGCAGAGGAAGAAUAUGGUUGGGUUCUUACAAGACGGUGGAAGAAGCCGCGAGAGCUUACGACGCCGCCGUUUUCUGCCUGCGGGGGAAUUCGGCAAAGCUAAACUUUCCCGAAAAUCCUCCGGAUAUAGCGGACGCUGGUGAUUUGACGACGGCUCAAAUCAAGGAAGCGGCUUUCAGGCACGCUGGUCGGGUUGCUGAAAAAGAAGGAACGGAAGUGGGUGCUGCUGGUAAUUCUUAUGCAGAGUGUAAUUUCGAGAGUGGUGGUAUCGGAGACAGAUCCGGCCGCGCGUAUUUUCACCCGCCUGGUGUUUGGACUUUCUAGCACUACAAGUUACUGUUAUUAUUAUUAUAUUUCUUUUUUAAAGUUGGAACUGGUUCAUUGGUAGAUCCCAUGUUAGUGGCAUGCAAAUUUUGAUAGGCAAAAGAUUUGUCAUGUUUGUAGAUGGAAAGAUAAUGGCAAGUUUCUGUAACUGAUUUUCAUACCCCUUUUUUUAAUGUGUUUCUUUAGAUUCAACAAUGUUUGCCUAUGAAAAAGAAUGGAAGCUUGGAAGUGUUUGUGGUGGUUUUGUCGGAACGAAACUCGUGGGUUUGGAAUAAGAAGCAAAAGAUUCGUUGAACUAA